AUGUUUACAUUCACGCCCCUUCUGGGGGCGCAGUUCUCUUCAUCAAGAGCGUCGCAAUCGAUUCUUGAGCUGGAAGGAGGAAUCAAGAUUCUUGUCGAUGUCGGAUGGGACGAGACUUUUGAUGUCUUGGAGCUUGCAGAGUUAGAAAAGCAUAUUCCCACGCUCUCUCUAGUACUUUUGACUCAUGCUACGAUUUCGCACAUCGGCGCUUUUGCGCACUGCUGCAAGAUGUUUCCGCUAUUCACACAGAUUCCGGUUUACGCUACGGGUCCGGUCAUAUCUCUCGGUCGAACGCUGCUCCAAGAUAUGUAUACAUCGGCUCCUCUCGCCGCUACCUUUCUACCUAAAGCAUCGAUAUCUGAACCGGGAGCAUCCAUAUCCGCAGCAGCAGCAACCGCCGCAACAGCUUCCGCAGAAGGAGACGACCGAAGCAGCAAAAAGCUAGCUACAUCAGGGAGAAUACUGCUUCAACCGCCAACCGGUGAGGAAAUUGCUCGAUAUUUCUCACUGAUCCAUCCGCUCAAAUAUUCACAACCUCAUUCACCUCUUUGCUCGCCCUUCUCGCCUCCGCUGGACGGGUUAAUGUUGACUGCCUACAGCGCCGGACACACUGUUGGAGGAACAAUAUGGCACAUUCAGCAUGGCAUGGAAUCUAUAGUCUAUGCGGUGGACUGGAAUCAAGCGAGGGAGAAUGUAGUUGCCGGUGCUGCUUGGUUUGGAGGUUCCGGUACCAGUGGCACUGAGGUCAUUGAACAAUUGCGCAAACCUACUGCACUGAUUUGUAGUAGCAAAGGUGGCGAUAAAUUUGCACCACCCGGUGGUCUACACAAAAGAGAUGCUCUGCUGCUAGAUAUGAUUCGCAGUAGUCUGGCAAAGGGGGGUUCUGUUUUGAUACCUACGGAUACUAGUGCGCGAGUGUUAGAACUAUCAUACGCACUAGAACAUGCUUGGCGGGAUGCAGCCGAUAGCGCAGAUGGCGAUGAUGUGUUCAAAAAGACUGAGAUAUACCUUGCUGGGAAAAAGGCGCAUAGCACCAUGCGACUGGCUAGGAGUAUGUUAGAAUGGAUGGACGAAGGUAUAGUCAGAGAGUUUGAAGCUGUAGAAGGUGGUGAUGCAGCGACAGCUCGAGGUCAUAAACGAAGCGACAGCCAGAGUCGCAAUGCCGGUGCUAAACCAGGGACAAAACUUGGUCCGUUUACUUUGAAGCACUUGAAGAUCGUCGAGCAAAAAAGGAAAUUAGAAAAGAUUCUAGCGGAUGGCAUUCCCAAAGUUAUUAUCGCCUCGGAUACCUCACUGGACUGGGGUUACUCGAAGGAAGCAUUCCGCACUCUUGCACAGGGCUCACAAAACUUGAUCAUCCUGACUGAGACUCUUCCGAUUCGCUACCAGACCGAUGACCCCGAGCAGCCUGAUAAGAUGACUCUUGGGCGAAUGAUAUGGCAUUGGUACGAGGAGCGAAGGGAUGGUGUGGCUAUGGAGACAGCUUCAAGUGGAGAACUACUUGAGCAGAUACAUUCGGGCGGGCGAGAGAUUUCGGUCGUCGACGUAGAGCGAACCGCGCUUGAUGCUGAUGAGCAGGUGCUUUAUCAGCAAUAUCUCGCAACACAGAGACAAAUACAAAAUACAUCACAGGGGCGAGGCGAUGCGAAUAUAGACAGCACAGCUGAUGCCCUGGAUGAUGGGGCUAGUUCGACAUCUUCCGAGGAUUCUGAAUCUGAACAGCAGGGAAGAAUUCUCAAUUUUUCAACAUCGCUGGCACAUACUAAUAGAAACAAGAUUGGAGUGAGGGAUGAGGACCUUGGCGUCAACAUACUUCUCCGACGCAAGAAUGUUUUUGAUUAUGAUGUUCGCGGAAAGAAAGGGCGUGAGCGCAUGUUCCCUUAUGUUGCUCCUAAAAAGCGCGGAGAUGAAUAUGGAGAGUUCAUUCGUCCCGAAGAGUAUUUGAGGGCUGAAGAACGUGAAGAAGCGGAUGCUCAACAGCAGGAAUCUGGGCCACAAAGCGAGAUGAAGCUUGGGCAGAAGCGCAGGUGGGACGAAACCGGGCCAAAUGGUCGGCGACAAUCCGGCGGUGCACACAAACGUCAAGCUAUGUCUCCAGAUGGUGGUCUAGGAGGUGAUAUUGGAGGUAUACGUGAAGACUUGGCAGCGGGCAGUGAUGGACCCGAUUCUGAGUCUGAAAAUGAGGUCGAUGAACAACCAUUUGAAGGCCCGGCUAAAACAGUAUAUCGACAUUCCACUGUCACUGUCUAUGCGCGUAUCGCAUUCGUUGAUUAUAUGGGCCUGCAUGAUAAGCGAAGUCUGGAGAUGCUGAUUCCUCUCAUUCAACCUCGCAAGCUUAUUCUCGUGGGCGGGAUGAAAGAGGAAACAACAAGUCUUGCGGCUGAAUGUCGGAAUUUGCUCGCUGGAAAGGAUGUAGGAGACCGAUCUGCUGUUGUUGAUAUUUUCACCCCUAAGAAUGGCGAGUCGGUUGAUGCUAGUGUGGAUACUAAUGCCUGGGUUGUGAAAUUAAGCAAUAACCUGGUUAGACGACUCAAGUGGCAGCAUGUGAGAAGUCUUGGUGUCGUAGCUCUCACUGCUCAGCUCAAGCCGCCGGAGAUCGUCUCGGCUGAGGACGAGGUCAUCGAGUCAACAAACAAGAAACAAAAACUCCUGGAAACCGACCCAGGCACCGUCUCAACUCCUGUUGGCGGGGUGAACGAUUCAUCAAUUUCGAAGGCAGAUGCAUAUCCUAUAUUAGAUGUGCUUCCAGCUAGCAUUGCAGCUGGAACACGCUCCAUGGCUCGCCCGCUCCAUGUAGGCGAUCUUCGACUCGCCGACUUGAGAAAACUCAUGAUAGCUGCAGGACACAGAGCUGAAUUCCGUGGCGAGGGAACGCUGCUUAUUGACGGCAUGGUUGCGGUUCGUAAAUCGAGUACGGGCACCAUCGAAGUUGAGGCUUCAGCACAAUCCUCCGCAUCAGACCGCAGGGGACAGGCUGGAAGUUUCCUUGCCGUGAAACGCAAAAUCUAUGAAGGUCUUGCGGUUGUUGCUGGUGGCUGA